GCUUAUAAAUUGGGUUCCUCUCCUACGACACAGUCACAGCAUAAACUCACAGAAUCACUCAUCUAUACACAAGAGAGAAGAGAGAAAUGGAAGUUGUUCAAGUGCUCCACAUGAAUGGUGGAAAAGGUGAAACAAGUUAUGCAAACAACUCUCUGGUUCAGCAAAAAGUAAUAUCUUUGACCAGACCAAUCACAGAGGAAGCUAUUACCAAUCUCUAUUGCAGGACCUUGCCAAGGAGCCUAGCCAUCGCUGACUUGGGUUGUUCUUCAGGACCAAACACUUUUUUUGUGGUUACUGAAAUUAUCAAGGUAGUGGAAAAGCUUCGCAAAAAAUUAGGCCAUGAAUCACUUGAAUAUCAAGUGUUUUUGAACGACCUUCCUGGAAAUGACUUUAAUACCAUUUUCAAGUCAUUGCCAAGCUUCCAAAAACAAAUGAGUUGUCAAAUGGGGCCUGGUGCUGGUCCAUGUUUGUUCUCAGGAACUCCUGGUUCUUUUUAUGGUAGGCUUUUUCCAAGCGACAGUUUGCAUUUUUUGCACUCUUCUUACAGUCUCCAAUGGUUAUCUCAGGUUCCAGAAGGGCUGGAUAAUAACAAAGGGAACAUAUACAUGGCAUCUACAAGCCCACCAAGUGUACUUAGGGCAUACUACGAGCAAUUUCAAAGAGAUUUUUCAGUGUUUCUGAAGUGCCGUGCAGAGGAGCUGAUGGUAGGAGGGGGAAUGGUGUUAACAUUUUUAGGGAGAAGAAGUGAAGAUCCAUCUAGCAAAGAGUGUUGUUACAUCUGGGAGCUUUUAGCUAUGGCCCUCAAUGACAUGGUCUCUGAGGGACUCAUAGAGGAAGAUAAAAUGGAUUCCUUCAACAUCCCUCAAUACACACCAUCCCCAUCAGAAGUGAAAUCUGAAGUUUUAAAAGGAGGAUACUUCUCCAUUGAUCGCCUGGAGGUUUCUGCAGUCAAAUGGAAUGAUUAUGAUAGUGAAUUCAACCCAUCUAUUGCAUUUAGUGAUGAUGGAUACAAUGUUGCAAAUUGCAUGAGAGCUGUGGCUGAACCCUUGCUUGUUAAUCAAUUUGGAGAUGCAAUCAUUGAUGAGGUUUUCCGUAGGUACAGGAAAAUUAUUUCCGAUCACAUCUCUAAAGAGAAUACUCAAUUUAUCAAUGUGACCAUUUCCAUGAAAAAAAGUGGUCAUUUCAUCAUAUGAAUGGCUCACGUUAGUGUGGUUUUCAAAUAAUGUGGUAGGUCAACUGGUCUCGUAUUUGUUUUUUUCCUAGUUCUCGCUCGCAAUAGGUGUUGCCAUAUAUUAUCCGCUAGUGCUUUCUUAUGUAAUAAAUAACGUGUAUUUGAAUUGUUCUCAGUGAACUCUAUCUAGUGCCUACAAUUUCUCA